CACUGAUCAUGUUUCAUUUUGUCUGCUCGUCUUUGUGUGUUUGCUGGUUGUGCUGCUGUGUUUGGUUUGUGUCUCUACGAUGUUGUUCUUGGUUUCCGUGAUUAUAAUCACGUGCAUGUCUGACGUCACAGAGGAAUAAUUAGUAUUAGUAAAUGCAGAUGAACGCGCUGGUGGCUCUGACGUCAUCACGCAGUAAUUUGCAGAUGAAAAUCUGACGCAGGGCGCCUCCGGUCCAGCAGGGGGCGGGGCAGGGCCGCGGUGACGUCGUCAGAGGAAGAGGAGGAGGUUUGUGUUGCCAGCCUGGCUGUGAGGAUCGCUGAGACGAGUCUACGCUGAAGCUGAAGCUGUUCUCGGACACAAACUCGGUGAGAGCAGAAACGCUCGGUCCUCACCGGAAGCUGACAGAGGUGACGGUUCCGGUUAUCCAGAAACUUCUACGGUUCCGACUCUUUACUCUGACCUGAACAGAGACAGUCUGUCUGCCAGCGAGACUGCGCACAGGUGAGCCCAGCACAGGUACGAUGGCGCUCUGUGGGUGGUGGUUAAUCCACUUCCUCGUCUUCACUUCCUGCUCGGCUCACGACUUCUUCACCUCCAUCGGUCACAUGACGGACCUGCUGUUCACGGAGAAGGACCUGGUCACCUCCCUGAAGGACUACAUCCGAGCGGAGGAGAGCAAACUGGAGCAGAUCAAAAAGUGGGCAGACAAACUGGAUGUCCUCUCGGCAGCUGCCACUCAGGACCCCGAAGGCUUCCUGGGUCACCCGGUGAACGCCUUCAAGCUGAUGAAGAGGCUGAACACGGAGUGGGGGGAGCUGGAGAGCCUGGUGCUCACCGACGUGUCUGAUGUGUUCAUCUCCAACCUCACCAUCCAGAGGCAGUACUUCCCCAACGACGACGACCAGACCGGCGCUGCCAAAGCUCUGAUGAGACUGCAGGACACCUACCAGCUGGACACCAACGCCAUCUCCACUGGAGAGCUCCCAGGCUCGUCCUCCACCUCCUCCGCCUGGAGCACUCUGACCGUGGAUGACUGCUACGACCUCGGGAAGGUGGCGUACUCUGAGGCGGAUUACUACCACACCGAGCUGUGGAUGGCUCAGGCCCUGAGGCAGCUGGACCAGGGCGAGACGUCCCGCGCCGUGGACGCCGUCACCGUCCUCGACUACUUGAGCUACUCCGUGUACCAGCAGGGGGAGCUGGAGAGAGCGCUGGAGUUCACCAGGAGGCUGCUGGACCUGGAUCCGACACACCAGCGAGCCAACGGGAACCUGAAAUACUUUGAGUACCAGCUGGCCAAACAGAAGAAGGUGGAGAAGGUGGAGGAGAAGGAGGAGGAAAGCAAGGUGAGGCAGAGGAGGGAGAGCAAAGAGGACUACCUGACUGAGAGGAAGAAGUACGAGCAGCUGUGUCGCGGCCAAGGCAUCAAGCUGACUCCCCGCAGGCAGAGCCGCCUCUUCUGCCGCUACUAUGACAACAACCGGCACCCGCGGUACGUGAUUGGCCCGGUGCAGCAGGAGGACGAGUGGGACAGCCCGCACAUCGUGCGCUACCACAACAUCGUGUCGGAGAAAGACAUGGAGAAGGUGAAAGAGCUGGCCAAGCCCAGGCUCCGUCGAGCCACCAUCUCUAACCCCGUCACCGGCGUGCUGGAGACGGCCCACUACCGCAUCAGUAAGAGACGUGCCACGGUGCAUGACCCUCACACAGGCAAACUGACCACGGCCCAUUACCGAGUCUCCAAGAGCGCCUGGCUCGGGGCGUACGAGCAUCCCGUGGUGGACAAAAUCAACCAGCUGAUCGAGGACGUCACGGGGCUGAACGUGAAGACGGCCGAGGACCUGCAGGUGGCUAACUACGGCCUGGGGGGACAGUACGAGCCGCACUUCGACUUCGGACGGAAAGACGAGCCGGACGCGUUCGAGGAGCUGGGCACGGGGAACCGGAUCGCCACGUGGCUGCUUUACAUGACCGACGUGCAGGCAGGGGGCGCCACCGUCUUCACUGACAUCGGAGCUGCUGUGAAACCCAAAAAGGGGACGGCGGUGUUCUGGUACAACCUGUAUCCAAGCGGAGAAGGAGACUAUCGGACCCGACACGCCGCCUGCCCCGUGCUGCUGGGAAACAAGUGGGUAUCGAACAAAUGGAUCCACGAGCGAGGGCAGGAGUUCAGGCGGCGCUGCAGCCUCAACGAGACCGACUGACAACCGACCUUCCUCCUCCAGCUCAGCCGUCUUCCUCCUCUGCUUCCUGCCUGCAGGCGCAGAGUGUGACUGCACAUGUGAUCCAACACGCUUAUUUUUCUCUACAGUGUGUGUGUGUGUGUGUGUGUGUGUGUUUGACUCGUUUCUCCUUUAACGAGAAUCACGCUGACGUUCAGACGUCCGUACCUGUCCAGGUGUUCAGCCUGAGAGCUAAAACUUCUCGAGAACAAAGAACGCUGCACGAGAGGUUCGUUUAAAGACGAAUAAAGUUUUUUGGGGUUUUUUGGAUCCAGAAUGUUUGAAAUCUCGUGAGCUUUGACUUAAAAGCAGAAAAUCUGAUUGAUUUAAUUCUGUUCCAUUGACGGUUCUGCGCAUUAAACCAGCGAGUGGAACGAAGGAGCGCUAAAUGUGACAAAUUUUGAAUGGAGUUUGGCCCGAGGUCGCUAACAUGAGUCGAGUCAGACGCUACAGACCGAGAAACGCUCCGUCACCCGUGUCACUCCCUGACCUUCACGACUGUUACAAAGACUGCGAGGAAUCAGAUUACUCUCGUCAUCACGGGAAUCAACCAGAAGCAAGAACCGAUCGAAUCUGAACGACGAUCGAUCGUGUGGUUCUGUGAGACAAUCAUAGCUGAAACUGAGCUGCGUAUUUAUUGAUUUCUGACAGGAUUCGUGUGAACGCCUCUUCACUGUUUUUCAUCUGUGUUUUAAAAAUUCCUCGUUUAAAAGUUUUAAAAUGUUUGCACCUUUUUUUUUUCUGUUUCCUGUUUCUUUUUGAAGUCUGAAACGUGUCGCCGAGCUCCUGAUCUGAUUCAUGUCACCUCAGCCGUGACAAAGUGGGUUUUAUUUUGGAAACUCUUCCACGCUUCAGCUGCCAUGCUUUUAUUCUGAAAAGCAGAACAUCUGAGGCUCUUUGAUUUACAAAUUCAGUCCAAGUGGAUUUUUCUGCGCUGUCCACCCGUCGUCAUGGUUACACCCCCGUUUCCACCAAUGGCGUGAGCGUUCGAGGAGGUUUAACCGUAAGGUCGUUCAGAUGCUGCAGGUCAAACUCCAGAUAAGCAAAGCACGCCGCCUCCUCUUAACCCUGUUAGCUUAUUUCUGAGCGCAGUUACUAAUUUCUGCUCCACGCCGUUUCCGUGACAACCCUCACUCCUGUUUGUGUGUGUCUGUUGUGUGUUGGAUGAUGUCCUGUGCAGUGACCUGAUGUAAGACACGUUUCUUAUCAGAAUAAAAUGCUGCUGCAACCCAGGAGAAGUAAGAAAAUG